GCCCAACCCAAAUCCAACGCCUCACCGCACUCCCCUCCGACGCAUCUCCCAGCACUCCCUCUUUGCUCUCUCCCGCUCCUCCCAACACGCCCCAGACGCGCCCCAUGGCCUUGCUUUCCUCGCACCCGCCCUCUCCGAGCUUGUCGACGAAACAGAGGCAUUACAGGCAAACGUCGACCGCCUCAAAGCACUCAGCGACUCCCUACACACAUUCAACGAGAGCUUCGCGAGCUGGCUUUAUGUCAUGGACAUGAAUGCGCUCACUGUUGAUUGGCCUCAGGCACCAGCAGACGCGUCGUUCCAACUCGCACAACGCAGAGCCGAACAAGAUGCCCUAGCAACUCUAGAAUCCCUCAAAGCACCCCCACCAUCCGAUAUCGACCCAGAUAAAACCACCUAUACCGACACCGCAGAGGGAGAAACCACCUACACCAUUGGCACAACCACCAACGCAUCUGCCAAUACUGCCAAACCCGCAACAAAGCCUAAGAAAAAAGGGAAGCCAAAACUAACCGCAAAGGAGAAGAAGGAGCGAUCGCUUGCUAUGGAGAAAAUAAUCUCGUGCCUGCCCCUCGAAUUCCGAGGCAAUGACCCGAACCUGCGUCGGAACAUGGAGACCGUCAUCGAAGGUAUGAUGGAUAGCGAUGGCCGCGGUGUCAAACUCAUCGAGCUCAUCGCCCCACCCGAUUUGAAUCAAGCUCGCGUGAACAAGUGCCUGAUAGCCCUUGUCAACCGGAAGAUCGUGCGGAAGGAUAAUAGUACCGGUUCUGUUCUAUAUCAUUGGCACGGACUUCCCUGAAACUACAUUACAUUCAUUGUUAUUUACAAUAUACCCCAUAUAUCUUGUCCUCAGUCACCAGACCUAUUCAUCAAUGUAAAUCAUCGAAAACCAACGAAAACAGCCUUUACGACGUAUCUGAUAUCUUUAACGCUAGAAAGCCAGAAAUAACAAUAAAAAAAAUAACGUUUAAUCAGAAACUCAAUGGAUCAUCAGAUGCCUCGAAAUGUUGCGUAAUAACGAUUUUUCUUCGCGCUUUUGCCAGAGGGACAGUGUUUUCGCGCUCAGUCGCAGCGUCGUCUUCGUCGCCACUAGCAUCACUCUCAGUCACACGCGAAGUGACUUUCUUGCUUGUCCUCUUGGACACGACUAUCGGUCCUUGGUUGCUAGAAUCCGAUAAAGGAUUACUCGCAUCAGACCUUUUCUGGCGAAGCAGGCGCGCCCUUGCCAGGACUGC